AUCGCUCGGCCAGAACUACAUAGAAAUAGACAGUCAAAAGCUUCGAAAUGAAUCAAUCAAUAUAUCAAUCCUUUAAAAAACUUUGUUUAUAUUGGUAGUGACUAAAUAAUUGUCUUUUAGCAGUAUUAAGUGGAGUGUUUGCUUCAACAGUUAAGAUGAGCAUGUGGAAAGUUAAGCUGAAAUAUGAAUUUAAUAUGACACCUCUUAUUGUUGUCAUUAAUAUGUGUUUUAAUAACGCUGUUUACGGAUUUCCAGAUCCCGGACAGUGGUCAGCUAGCUACUCAAAAGUGCAAGCUGCCAUCUUUGGAACUCAUAAGCCACUUUAUGCUGGUUCAAAUAUUCAUGUGUCUGUUAAUUGUGAGUCUCAGUCAUCACAUCAAAUUGAAUUGCAAUGGGUAAUACGACAGACUUCAUGCUAUGAGGAUUAUUUAGCAUCUGAUGUUUAUACUCCUGAUAUUUUAAAGCAGUAUUUCAUAUGCCCUAUGACUACUAGUGCUUCAACUAAAAUAAGAUUUUUUACUUCUAAGCCAGUACGUUUUGACUGUUCUAAGUUGAUUCACCUUGAGGAUGUGAAUGCAUCGUUUGUUACUUUUGAUGAAAAGCUUAAUGUUCCUCCUGACUGUAAACUGAGUUUAUACAAUCCCUCACCGACUGAGUUGCACAAAUUUAGCAGCAUUGCUAAUAUGUCUUCAAACUUUCAGGGAAACAAUUCUUUGAUCAUGGAGGACAAAAAUCAUGGAACAGACAAUAAAGGAAUCUUUUUACAAGAGCAAUCCAGAAAUAAAAGAGCUGCUGUCGAAAUUAACUCUGCCCGCUUUAUUAAUGACAAUCUUUCUAUUUUUCAUGUAAAUUCGAAUGGUUAUUUUUUUGGUGCUAGCUCUUAUCCAUCUAAGCUUGGCCCAAAACUUACCUCUGUUGACCUAGAUGGAGUAUAUUUGUUCAUUUUGAAAAUAGAAAGCGUUGACCAAACAAGCUUUAAUGCUACUGUUGAUGUUGCAAUGAAAGGUGACCAUGGUUAUCUCUCUGCUAUUGACUAUCCUUUACUUAUUUUUUAUGGAGUCAUGUGUGGCCUUUAUGUCAUAUAUGCUAUUGUGUGGUUAAUAUUAUCUGCUUUGCAAUGGAGAGAUUUACUACGCAUACAAUUUUGGAUUGGAGCAGUGAUAUUAUUAGGAUUAAUGGAAAAAGCUGUAUUUUAUGCUGAAUACCAGUCAAUAAAUUAUACUGGCCAAUCAGUGCAAGGAGCUAUUCUUUUUGCUGAAAUACUGUCUUCAAUGAAGCGAACUUUAGCACGAAUGUUAAUAAUAAUUGUUAGUCUUGGUUUUGGCAUUGUAAAACCGAGAUUAGGUCCAACACUCCACCAUAUUGUUGGUGUUGGCUUUGUAUAUUUUACAUUCAGCACUAUUGAAGGAAGCCUUCGAGUUUUAAAACCAAAAACCGACCCUGGUAAUCAAGCCCUGAUGGCAGGAAUACCUCUUGCUGUGACUGACAGCAUAAUUUGCUGGUGGAUCUUUAGUAGUUUAGUUCAAACAGUCAGAACUUUGCGCUUAAGAAGAAAUAUAGUGAAACUUCAAUUGUACAGACAUUUCACUAAUACUCUUCUGUUGUCUGUUAUAGGCUCUGCUGCUUUCAUGAUAUGGUCCAUUCAUGCUCACAAAUUAGUUAGUUGUGUUGAUGACUGGAAAGAACUAUGGGUUGAUGAAGCAUAUUGGCAUUUCUUAUUUUCCUUAAUUCUCUUUGUUAUAAUGAUUUUAUGGCGUCCUACUAAUAAUAACCAAAGAUAUGCCUUUACUCCUUUGUUAGAUGCCAUAGAUGAUGAUGAGGAUGAUGAAGACAAUUUAGUUGCUAAUGAUGGUUUUGUUGGUAUGAAGAUGCGUUCAACAAAAUCUUUGAACAAUUCUCCAAACCAUAAUGAGCCCAAAUCAAAUCUGGAUGAAGAUCUAAAAUGGGUUGAGGAAAACAUUCCCCCAUCAUUAACAGAUGUAGCUCUUCCUAGUCUUUUGGAUUCUGAUGAGGAAAUUAUGACAACUAAGUUUGAGAGAAGCAAAAUGGAAUAAUGCCUUAUUAUUUAAUAAAUGUUAAGCCAGAAAUUCCUUAGUUUUAUAAAUGAAAUGGCUUGAUAUCAUGAUUUGUAUAUAAAGUAUGAAUGUUAACUUAUCACUAAUAAAUUUUUUAUGUCCCAA